GGCCGCUGAGGGGACUGUGGCGGCUGCGCGGCGGAGCGUGGUGCUUGCUGGGCCCGGGGACUGCGCGCCGGCGCCGGGGGCUGCGGGGAGCGUCGCGCAGGCCGUGCAGUUCCCAGCGGGGAGGCGCCGCCGCCGCCAUUGCCGCCGCACUCGGUGAGCGCGUCCCGCUCGCCGAGCAGGGCCCCCGCGGGCGGCCGGCACCAUGGGCCAGUGCGGCAUCACCUCCUCCAAGACCGUGCUGGUGUUCCUCAACCUCAUCUUCUGGGGGGCAGCUGGCAUCUUGUGCUAUGUGGGAGCCUAUGUCUUCAUCACGUAUGAUGACUAUGACCACUUCUUUGAAGACGUGUACACUCUCAUCCCCGCUGUAGUGAUCAUAGCAGUAGGAGCUCUGCUCUUCAUUAUUGGGCUCAUUGGCUGCUGCGCCACAAUCCGGGAAAGCCGCUGCGGACUUGCCACGUUUGUCAUCAUCCUACUCUUGGUUUUUGUCACAGAAGUUGUUGUAGUGGUUUUGGGAUACGUUUACAGAGCAAAGGUGGAAAACGAAGUUGAUCGCAGCAUCCAGAAAGUGUAUAAGACCUACAAUGGAACCAACCCUGAUGCUGCUAGUCGGGCUAUUGACUAUGUACAGAGACAGUUGCACUGCUGUGGGAUUCACAACUAUUCAGACUGGGAAAAUACAGACUGGUUCAAAGAAACCAAGAACCAGAGUGUCCCUCUUAGCUGCUGCAGAGAGACCGCUAGCAGCUGCAAUGGCAGCCUGGCCCACCCAUCCGACCUCUAUGCUGAGGGGUGUGAAGCUCUCGUUGUCAAGAAGCUGCAAGAAAUCAUGAUGCAUGUCAUCUGGGCGGCCCUGGCAUUUGCAGCUAUUCAGCUGCUGGGCAUGCUGUGUGCAUGCAUCGUGCUGUGCAGAAGGAGUAGAGAUCCUGCCUAUGAGCUCCUCAUCACCGGCGGAACCUACGCAUAGAAACCUCCAGCCUGAGCCUUUAGUCCUGUUGUUCUGAUUUGGAAGGUGAAUAGAGCAGGUCUACUAGUGUUGGCCUCCUGGGUUCGUUUAGUUCAAGCACACAGACACAGGUGUUGGACAGAGCAGCUUGGCUCUUCUCGUGCCCACCUCUUACUACCCACCCAUCACUCUCUCCCCCCUGUUCUAGCUGACUCUCCAUAGCCCUGAGAUGUUAAGAUUGGAGGCGAUGUCCUAAUGGCAGCACCACUGCGAGCUGCACAGCGGGCAGAACUGGAGGAGGACACAGGCCUGUUCUGUGACCUCCAAGCAGUAAAGGGAUGGCUGCUGGAGUAUCACUGGGUCUUUCCAUCUUCUCAGUGGGGAACUCUUAGCCAAAGGCUUUGUGGGGGAGGGGGAGGAAGCCAGUUGUCUGGUUAUAGUUAACACCAGAUGGUGCCCCUCGUCAGUGUCCUUUUAACUAUAUAUAUAUAUACAUAUAUAUAUAUAUAUAUAUAUGUAUAUAUAUACUGUAGUCCUAUAAGAUAGCAGUUGUACAAAAUGGCUAAAAUAGAUUUUAGAAUCACACAGUGUGUCUCAGUUCAUCUUCAAAAUCAGACUCAUCUUUGAAACUAGUGGUUUUCAAUCAAAGCUGGCUUUAUAGGAGGAGUAUAACGUAUGCACUGCUGUUUUCAAAAAACAAUUAGCGUGAGUGUGUGCGUGCUUUUGUAUGAUUGAACCCAUUCAUUGUAAGUCUAAACUCGUUAGAAAUAAUGUAUCCAUGUAGACUAGCAAAAUAGUAUGUAGAUGUGAUCUCAGCUGUAAAUAGGAAAAUCUAAUUCAAUAAACUGUAUCACCCCUC